GAUGUCAGUCGCCGGGUCACAGCCGGUCGUUACUGGCUAUGUCCCGGCGAUUAGCGGCAAUCAGUGACAGAGAGCACAGCUGCAUUCCCUGACAGCUCCUGACACGCUGAUCGGGACAGAAGAGUUUAUCUGUCCAGAUCAGUGUGUCUCCGUCCAGCACACACCCCCGCCCCCUAGUAAAACACUCCCCUCACACAGUUAACCCUUUCACUAAAUGAUAAAGUUAACCCCUUCCUCCCCAGUGCCAUUAGUACAGUGUCAGUCUUUUUUUUUUGCACUGAUCACUGUAUUGGUGUCACUGGGGAUGUCAGUGACUCCAAGUCAGUUCCCCCCCCAGUGUCAGAAUGUCUGCCGCAGUCCCGCCAUAAGUCGCUGA